UCGGGUUGACUCUUAACUCAAAGAAGACCCCGUAUUUUUGCUGGAGGUAUACGAGGCCCACCGGCUCAAGUGGUUCUAUUACGGAUGCUACCCUGCUCCGGCUGCCCCAAGAGCUGGAACGAAGCAGUCAGGUGUCUAGGCAUCGACCUGUUCGUAAACAAACCUCCGCAGGCUUCAAUUAAUUUAAUUGACAAUGAAUUAGCACGUAUCGAUUCAGUCCAAUUGUAGCCUUUCCAGAAAUUAGUGCAUUUUCAAUCCUUUUGGUUCCCAAAUUGCGCUGUACUGCCUCCACCUGCUUCUCAGUUUCUCCAAUUGCGUCCGCUUUGGAUCGAAGCGCUUGGCCGGAACGUUAGUUUUGCAUUUACCUGCCUUAUUUCCCAAUUUCAUGGUUCCCGUCUCCCAGCGAGCUGUGAGUCAUGUUUCGACCUGGACUAAAUAUACAUUGUUGAUGUGGCAGUUUCUAGGGACGCCAGCACAGACUCAAUGCCAUGUGCGCCCACAAGAGAAUCAAGUACGAACAUCUACAGCUACAGUGUGAACGUCAACCUAUGAAGGAGGCAAAGGUCCUGGGCCUGGCGUUCGGCGAAUGUGGUUCCAUUUUGCUAAGUACUAAAAGGGUUGCCAUGAAAAAUGGCUUAAGGGAGGGUCAAUUAGUAUAUCUUGGUACCAGAACAUUGUCGGCAGCUUGAUUUGUCUCGUCCGGCUUCCAAAAGUAAUUGCCGCUCGACAUCGGUAUCUGUGGCAGCCCAGUUCAUACUUGCAUUUACUAUCAUUCAUAAUCAUUCUACUUCAUACCCUUCCAAUCAAGGCAUAUACAUAGUAUGCACGUACGUCAUUCAAGGCUACUCCGGCACUUCCGGUAUGUGGCGGCGUAAUAUUGAGGUGCCUAUAGACUGCUGUGUAUGUACGUGUAGUUGUGGAAUUUGUCUGCUUGUUACGCUUGCUUCGAGCGCUAUCAUGACAAUAGGUACACUAUUCGGCUACCGCGGCCGCAGCAACUCGUCUGCAAAGCCAAACAGAAGCCCGGAAAAACGAAUGUUUCAUCUGCCGAAAGUUAUAACCUGGCACUGUGAGAGGACAAGGCGUUUGUCGGUGAAGCGGCGACGCGAGUGGCUUGCGCGUACUGACCGCAAGGAUUUGAAGAAACUCGAUAACAUUCGUGUGUGCGGUCAUCAUCUCAGAGUUAAGCAAAGUGUUCUUAUUUUAAGCAGCAUUCACCUUACGAAUGGAAAAAACUGCGAUUUCAGAGGACAGCUUCGCUGUAAAACUAACACAUUUUCCAUGAUUGUUGCAGAUGCUGUCACCCAGACAGACCUGAAAAUUAAAGGCCUCAGGACCAUCGAAGUGGACAGGCAAAACCUCGCCUCAGAGUUCGACAUGUUCGCAGAGCAAGCAAGGCAGUUAACAGCAACGCUGAAAUCCUACAACGCAGACAACCAGAGGCUUGCCACUGAGCUACACAAUUCGGAGAAGCGUAAAGAGCAGCUGGAGAUCACAAAAGCUGUGCAGUUCGACCUUCUGGGCCUGUACAACGCGGCGUGGUACAAACCCGUGACCGUCAAGUUCUCCACCUGA